UAUUUUCCCGCUCUUUAGUGCCGUAAUGCUGAGAGGCUUCCUGUUCUCAGGUGACCUGAUGCUCUGUGGCAUUUGGGUGCCAGUGUUAUUUACGACCCGGGCAUAGCAGUUAGCAUCGGCUAGCCUUCAGCUAACUCGGCUACGCAAAGAGUCUCCAAGAAAGUCAGUUGAAAGUUGAAACGCAGCCAGAGGAGCGGGAACCCUUUCCUGGUUUUAACCCUUCUUUUUAAUUAAACUUGUUACUCUUGCGGACCGGACGUUAUGUGAGCUCCACCACCGCAGUCCUCCCUUCCCCCCGUCUGUCCGACUUGGUGGAGAGCAGCAGGACCGGAGCGAUGGACGAGUCCGUCAGUUCAGUGAAAACGGUCAAACCGUCCCAGUCCAGAGGAGCCAAGGUGGCGUCCGCUCAGAAGCCAAACAAAGAUGGCGUCAAGUCGGCGCUGCGCAGUAAGGAGAACCUCACCGCCGCCAAAGACGAGCGGAGCGGCGGCGGCGUGGCGGGCCGCACGGCGGCCGGCGCGUUCCCAGAAAACUCCCUGGAGAAGAAGAAAAGUCGCCCGUCCAGGCUGAGCGGCCGGACCGGUUCUGGGGAGAGAGGCAAAGGGAAGGCGGCCGACUCCACAACGGCCCAGCCAGCAGAGGGCGCUCCGGUUCCGCCCGUCACUCCUGAACGGGCGAAAGGCUCCGGGGGGACGAGAGAGAAAUCCCACGCGGUGAAAGCUGCGUCUGCGCAGGCGGGGGACGAGGCGCAGCUGGCGGAGGAGGCGGAGCAGCAGCUGGGUCUGCGGCAGGUGGAGGAGCGGCUCCACAGAGAUCACAUCCACCGGGUCACCAAGCCGUGCCCUGAGUACCCAAACUACCAGUACUUAUGCAGAGUUUGCUCUGUGCACAUCGAGAACGUCCACGGCGCCUACAAGCACAUCAAGGAGAAACGCCACAAGAAGAACAUGACGGAGAAGCAGGAGGAGACGGAGCUGCGCGCGCUGCCGGCGCCCUCUGCUGGCCAGCUGCGGGCGGUGGACGCCGUCGUCAUGGAGACGGCCAGGCAGCAGGGGAUCUCAGAGCGGGACUUCGAGGAGCGGGCGUCCGUCGUGGCGCGGAUGGAGGAGGUCAUAAAGACGCACCUGUCAGCCUGUUCCCUGCGGCUCUACGGCUCCUGUCUCACACGGUUCGCCUUCAAGACGAGCGACAUCAACGUCGACGUCACCUACCCGUCCCCCAUGACGCAGCCUGAGGUUCUGAUUCAGGUUCUGGAAAUCCUCAAGAACAGACCUGAAUACUCGGAGGUCGAGUCGGAUUUUCACGCCAAAGUUCCCGCCGUGUUCUGUCGGGAUCGCAGCAGCGGCCUGAUCUGUAAAGUGAGUGCAGGAAAUGAUGUCGCCUGCCUCACCACCAAUCACCUGGCUGCUCUGGCUAAACUGGAGCCCAGACUGGUUCCACUGGUCCUGGCCUUCCGCUACUGGGCGAAGCUGUGUCACAUCGACUGCCAGGCCGAAGGCGGCAUCCCGUCGUAUUCCUUCGCCCUCAUGGUCAUCUUCUUCCUGCAGCAGAGGAGCGAUCCCAUCCUCCCCGUCUACCUGGGGUCCUGGAUCGACGGCUUCAGCGUGAAGCGAGUGGACGAGUAUCAUCUGACGGGAAUAGUUCUGGACAUGUUCGUGAAGUGGGAGCACCGACCUCCGACCUCCACGGAGGGACGAGGGGAGAACCGGAACGAAUCCAAAGCAGAAGGAGGAUCGAAGCCGGAGCAGAAGAAGUUUGAAGACACUCGCCACACAGAGGGCCUGAGCCGCCUGAUGCUGGGCGAAGGGAAAGGCGCGUCGCUGGGCCAGCUGUGGCUGGAGCUCCUCCGUUUCUACACGCUUGAGUUUCCUCUGGAGGAGAACAUCAUCAGCAUCCGCCUGAAGGAGCUCCUCUCCCGGGACGCCAAGAACUGGCCCCGCCGCCGGCUCGCCAUCGAAGAUCCGUUUGCCCUGAAGAGGAACGUUGCGCGGAGCCUGAACAGCCAGAUGGUGUUCGAGUACAUCCAGGAGCGUUUCCGCAGCGCCUACAAAUACUUCGCCUGUCCUCAGAGGAGAGGCGCCAAGAAGACGGGAGACGGACGGAGACCGGAGGGACAGGAGGACGASGAGAAACCUGAGGGAAGUCAGAGAGAGGACGACAGCGGGGACGAAGAGGACGGCUCGGACCUGGAGAAGAGCCUGGACGAUUUGGUUCUGAACGAUGGCAGCAAACCGUCGUCGCCCAAAGGGCUGCUGGACAGCGAGGAAGAGGAGGAGGAGGAAGAGGAGGAGGGAACUGCUGACCUGCACUACGUGUUCGAUAAGAUGAUUUUCACUGGCGGGAAGCCUCCGACCGUCGUCUGCAGCAUCUGCAAGCGGGACGGCCACCUGAAGGACGAUUGUCCCGAAGACUUCAAGAAGAUCGAGCUGAAGCCGCUGCCUCCCAUGAGCGAGCGAUUCAGGAACAUUCUGGACGGACUCUGCAGAUUCUGCUUCUAUAAACUGUCGCCGUCGCACAUCGAGCAGCAGAACCGGGAGCAGAUCCUGGCUGGGCUGGAGCGGUUCAUCAGGAAGGAGUACAACGAUAAAGCCCAGCUCUGCUUAUUCGGCUCUUCCAAGAACGGGUUUGGUUUCCGUGACAGCGACCUCGACAUCUGCAUGACCCUGGAGGGUCACGAGACGGCGGAGAAGCUGAACUGUAAGGAAAUCAUCGAAGGCCUCGCCAAGGUGCUGAAGAAGCAUGCAGGUCUGAGGAACAUCCUGCCCAUCACCACAGCCAAAGUGCCUAUCGUGAAGUUUGAACACAGACAGAGCGGUUUGGAGGGAGACAUCAGCCUCUACAACACGCUGGCUCAACACAACACCAGGAUGCUGGCGACGUACGCAGCGCUGGACCCCCGGGUCCAGUUCCUGGGAUACACCAUCAAGGUGUUCGCAAAGGUUUGUUAAGAAACGUUUAAAUCA